GAAAUUUUUUUUUGAGUGUUUGUAUUGAGUGUGAGGAGAUUCUUGAAUUUUGGGAGCGGAAGCUAGGAUCUUGAGCUUAGCAUUUUUGAAAGCGAUUAAUUUUCUAAGGUAAGGAUAAUUCACCUAGUUAACUAGCUAUAUGCUAAACGCUGACUUGCCGACGAUGUUAAUUGAAUGUUGAUUGAUUGCUGAUAUAAUAUGUUUUUUGAACAUGAUAAUUGUGAAUCGUUAAUAUGGACCGUGAUGUGAGAGCCUCAUGGGCAGUUGACUACGCCUCCCGGAGAGCUACCUAUACUGGUGGAGCGGUCCAGGACGUGUUUGAUGAGCAUAGACUCGUUGUUGAGGGGCGGGUCGUACUUCGCUUAGUUUCGACUUACGUCUGAUAGGACCUAGUCUGAGACGACCACCUCCACCGAUGUCAUCAAGUUCUUCUAAGAGUGACCCAUCUGACGAGACGUCUACUUUUCCUAAGGCGCACCCAGCAGUGGUGUACAUGACUGCACAUGACCACACUUCUAUCCCUUUUAUUUCCCGAGGACCCGUGCUGAAGUAGAAGAGAUAGAGGUGGGGUCAUGUGCAGUCAAUUGCAAAUGCUUCACCCUAAACACUUGAAAGGGAGAGAGGACUCAGCAAGUAAUGCUAGGCAAGUUUCUACUAUCUGUCUAUGUUUACUUUCUGCUGUGCCAUUUUGCUGAUAAUUGUAUAGACAAAAAAAUCUAUUUAGUAUACCAACUCAUAAAUCUGCGAAACAGCUUCAACAUUACAAACAAGGAAGAAAGCAACACCAACCUCCUUCCAAAUUUGACAAGAUAACUUACAACCAAUGUCUUCACUCAUUUGGAAACUACAUAACAACAUCAAUACAAUAACAUAUCCUUGACCCUUUUUCACAAUCAUAAAACUGGACAAUUGCACAGCACAAUUAAGGAAAUGUAAAUCCAAAAGCAAAAAAACUAACAUCCUUCUUAUCUUGCACCCUCACAAAUCAAUAAUACACUUCUCAUAAAAUAGAAGUAAAAAAAGACACAAACAAGCUCACAAAUUAACAGCAUAGUAGGACCCAAAUGCUCCUAGAAUUAUUGGAUUUCCAUUAACCAAUUCAUGAUAAUGGUGAAGCACAAGAUUUUAAAUUGUAGCCUGCAAUCAUAAACAUUACACACAUAAAUUUCCCAAGUUCAAAACUCUGAUCUCAGUAUCUCACCAUUCUUGUUGUGAGUGAAAAUUGAAAGAUGACAACAACCUACGGCACAAUCCCCAGCUCACCACCUCCGAAGCUGGAGUACAUCACACGCGCCAAGCAGAGGGUCAAAGCGGGCCUCGGAACUCGCCGCCCAUGGAAGACAAUGCUCGACCUCCGAUCACUGGCAAUCCCCGACGGCGGAAUAUCCGAAGCUAUUUCCCGUGUUCGGGUCAACAUGGCGUAUUUCCGCAUGAACUACGCCAUGGUUAUGCUCCUGAUCCUGUUCCUGAGCCUUCUAUGGCACCCCAUUUCGCUCAUCGUGUUCCUUCUCCUGAUGGCAGCGUGGCUGUUCCUCUACUUCCUCCGUGACCAGCCGCUUGUUCUUCUCGGUCGCCUCGUUGACGACCGGCUUGUUCUCAUCUUCAUGGCGGUGCUCACGGUGGCUCUGCUGCUUCUGACGGAUGCGACGCUUAAUAUUCUUGUGGCGGUUGUUGUCGGGGUGGUGGUUGUGGUGGUGCAUGCGGCGUUUAGAAUGACGGGGGAUUUGUUGUUUGAAGAAGAAGAAGCUGCUGUUGCUGGGUUGGUUCCUAAUUCUGGCGCUGCUCGUUCUUGAUUCUGUUAAUGGAUUGUUAUUUGCUGAAUUUCGUAGAAUUGCUUAUGCUUUGUUUCCUUUUUCUAUGGUUUUUUUUUGUUGUCUAAAUAACCCAUGAUAAAAUUUGGGUUAAAUAACCCAUCAUCCAAUCACAUUGGA